GUUCUUGUGUCAGGGGGUCAUUCUCCUUUUCUCUUGUCGAAAGAGGGUAUAUCACAUAAUAUCAGUUGGCUGGUUAGUGCAAGCCCUAGGCUGUGAAGGUGAGAUGAGAUGCUUCCUCCAAGUGGUGGAAGUCAUGACGCAACGAUAUGUCUUUCGUCAACCAAUUCAGAGUUGUAUGCCGUCUGUCAUCCCGAGCGUCCGCGGAGGCUCAGGAAGGAGUCUAUGCUCCACGAAAGCGAAGGGCGUAGGCCCAUCCUUCAGGAUGCAGCUGUGGUUCCUCAAUGGGACUGCUGGGAAAAAAUUCCUGAGGAAUUUGCCACAUCAGUGACAACACAAGAGAUCAUUUGCUUGCUGACUUCUGGCAAUCAUCAGGAAGGAGACCAAGUAGUUGGAGUGAUUGGAUCUGAAGGCGUCGGCAAAUCCACAGUUGCGAAGCAGGUGAUUGAUGCUCAUCCUGUCCGUCACCACUUCGCCGAUGGAAUCUUCUGGUUGUCACUGGGACGAGAGCCGAAGAUUGCGGGCUUACAGAGGGAUAUCUUCAACCAGAUUGAACAGAGCCAGGACUCGACCGAGUCCAAGGCAGAGAUGAAGAAGGCUCUCUCUCAACACAGCAAGCUAUUCCAGAGGGACCCUCUCACACUGCCGACCCCCCAGGCAGCAGCAGCUGCACAGUUUGAAGAGCCACUACGUAGGAGACAGGAAAAUCUGCUUGAUCGUGAGAUCACGCUAUUGAAGAGAGAGUUGAAGCUCUUACGCCUUCUUUGCCAGAAACAUCGGUUUUGCAAGCAUCCAUUUUAUCUCCAAGAUGACAUAUUCUGCCAGCAGCUGAAGGCAGAGAUAUUGCUCAUGAGAUGGCAGGCUGAGCAGGUCAUGCUGGACCGAAAGAAGAAGCAGUCACUUUUAUCUAAUGCGCAAACCGACAGGACACUGGAUCUCCCAGAAGAUGAUAGCAGGGAUAAGAAGGUACUGACAGCAGCAGCGGAGCGGCAGAGAAAGGACAGCCCUUCUUGCUCGGAGAUCGCCCGCUAUACCUAUCUGGCAUCCCUCUUAACAGGCAAGAAGGUGCUUCUCGUACUAGACGAUGUGUGGGAAGAUACGGAACAUGUCAGAAGGUUAAGUGCUCUGAUCGAUCCGUCAACACCUAGCAGACUGCUGUGCACAUCAAGGAGUGAAGAUGUGAUUAGUGCACUUGGAGGGAGGAGGUUCUGGAGGGUAGGGGCUCUUGACGAGGCAGAAGCGCAGCGGUUGUUUUGCCAAUACGCUUUUCAGGGCAGGAUCGCUCCUCCUGACAUUCUCUGCCGCAGUGUACGAGACGUUGUCAGAUCCUGUCAUGGCCUCCCUCUCUCCCUGAGAGUCCUUGGGUCAUAUUUCUGCGGCAAGCGGACUGUUCGAGAAUGGCAGGAAGCUUUUGCUGUCCUCCUGCGAAAUGAUGGAGGGCAGGGAGGGUUGUUUUCCUCCCUCUCCGAUGACUGUGAAAACCACGAGGCAUCUUCUGACGACGUGACUCCUCCUUGUCUUAUCAGCAGCGCAGAAGCACUCAGCGACACAGACAGCAUGUUGGCAGAGAGUUUCUACCUCCUUGCCGCAUUCCCUCGCAACUUUCCUAUCCCCAUUUCUGGCGUCAUAGACAUCUGGACGGUGCACUUCCACAUCGGCCGAGACAUGGCAUUUCGCAUGCUUAACUGCCUGGCUGCCAGAUCCCUUCUGGAACUGAAUUAUGAUUCUUUGAGGAGGGCUGACCCCCCUGCCAGUCGCACAAAUAAGAUUGAUCAGAAUCAUGGGAAUAGGUGGCGAUUGGCAGCAGCGACCAAUCAUUGCGGACACAAGCCCGUUGCCCUCGACAAUGCAGAUGUCAGUGCUUCCGCCGGAAUGCCUCAGGAAGAGGAGAGGUCUGGAUUCUGCCAUGUUCAUGGAUCACUCCAUGAUUUGGCAUGCAGCCAGUAUCAGAACCACGGGCUGUCAGGCGCUCUUUUUCACCCUGAUCUGCGAUCAUUUUCGCAGUUGGAGACGCAGUCGCAGCCACCUCAGAUUCUAUCAUUGCAUUCAAGCCCCUUACCUUCCCUGGCACCCCUGGCUGACCCCUGCUGGCUUCACUCACUGAAAGUACUAAUUUUGGCAAACUGUGAUGGACUUACGAGACUCCCAUCGUCCUUCUUCGAACCCAUGGGAAGAUCGUUGCGCUUUCUUGACCUCUCAGGAUGUGAGAAGCUAGAACAUCUGCCACGAUCCAUUUCCUGUUUAUCGAGGCUCGUCGUCCUGCGACUGGAUGGGUGCUUGAAGCUCUCAAAGCUUCCCGCUAGCCUCUUUGCUGGACUUCGAAGCCUGGAGGUCCUCAGCUUGAUGCGCUGCUUCUGUCUCAGGGUCUUACCUCAUCCUCCUGCUGAAGGACAGAAUUCACGAUUGAGGGUGUUGAGGCUAGACAGCUGCAUAAGCCUGGGCAGGGAAGCGCAAGUGGCCACGGAAAGGAAGCCAGACGAUGGGGGUCUGCCCAAGCCACUUGUGAAUGGAGAAGUUCAAGUUGAACUCAAAUGCGGCGAAGAUUCCAGUUCUACCUGCCUCGAUGACGAGGGUGUCAGGUUGAGCCAUCAGAUAUGUGCAGGACAAGAAGAGCAAGGUCAGCAGCACAGCAAGUCAGGCAAUUGUUCUGAAGGUGAAAACGGCGACGAUGAUGAUACUGACCAAGGACCUGAGAGCCCAGGAGAUGGAGAUGCAGAUGACUGGGGUUCUCUGAACCUUGGUAGCUUGAAGACCACAAGGCAAGGAGGAUUUGCCAGGUGGAUCACUAUCAUCCAAGAGAUUAUAAAAAAAAAGACACCAAAGAAGAAGGAUGCUAGCUGUAACCCUCAAGCGGGCUCUGCUGCUGUCAGUGCCGCUGCUAGUGGGAUGCAGAAGCUGCCCUCCUUUGGUCGAUCCACAUCGUGGGGUUUCACCCGCCAAUGGGGUGCCAGGUUAAAGCAGGAAAGCAGUGCAACUGCACACGAAGGAUCCUCGUCCGGUCAGACUACAGAUUCCGCAGAAGAAAACGGCGAUGGUGAUGGCGAUGGUGAUCGUGAUGGUGAUCGUGAUGGUGAUCGUGAGGGUGAGGGUGACGGUGAGGGUGAGGGUGACGGUGAGGGUGAGCGUGAGCAUGAUGAAAACAGUUCUGAUAGUGAUGCAGAAGAGGAGGAGGACAAGGAGAAGAGCAGUGAUGGCAACACUGGUAAACAUUCUGACCUUGAACAGGUGUUUGCGAACGGGCCACGAGAACUAAAGAACAGUGCAAGUGGAUGCAUCAAUGGAGGCCAACAUGUGCAAUUAUCCCCUUUGUAUUCAAGUACACGGGAGCGAUCUGCACUGUCUCUUGCGCAGACUCCUGGAGGGCCAUCGUCACCUACCAAACCAUCGUGUCCUGUUGCCUCCUACAGUGGCACUCCGCAGUGGACUGUCGCAGGUCUUGGAGGCCUGACUCGCCUUGAACGUUUGUCCCUGAAAGGGAGUGAGAUUGACUCCAUGUCCCCUCUAGCAUUCCAUCGGCUGUCAAUACUGAAAUCUCUGGACCUGAGUUACUGUGUGAACCUGCAAGAGCUACCGGACGAGAUUGGCGAGCUGGCAUGCCUCGAGGUUGCCAACCUGGAAGGCUUACCAUUCAAACGACUUCCUGCGACGAUAGCCACCCUUAGAAAUCUGCGCGUUCUUCGGAUCAACGAUUCUGAAAACCUGGUUGCUCUUCCCGAAGAAUUCGGCGUGCAGAGUGCUCUCCCGAGCCUCCAGGUACUCGAGAUGGCAGGAUGCCACAAGAUCAAGCACCUGCCGCGCCUCGAGGAGGGCGGUCUUCCCAGCCUCUGCGUCCUUGUUCUCUCUUUCUGCACAAGACUGAGACUGCUGCCUUGUCAGCUUCAGCAUCUACCUCAUCUGCAGCUGUUAGAUCUGGGAGGCACCUUCCGCUUACAGGAGUUUCUCCCGCCGAGAGUCGGCAGCCUGACGAUGAAACCAAGUGAGCAAACCGAUGCAGGAGCUCCCCGCAUUUUCCCUGACUCUCGAAAGAAUACCGAUAUAACUAUGGAUGCCGCCUAUAAGUUGGAGAUGAGCCAGAGCAGCGCUUUAGACUAUAAUUAUGGCAAUUUGCAAUUCGAGUGCUUGAAAGAGACCUUGCGGCUAUCCCCUUCCAGUGCUCUUAGAGCAAACGACGUCAAUUGUUUUCGGAGCUUGAAGUGCCUUUCCUUGUGCUGUCGAAGAUUACAACCUUCUGUGCAGCGAGGCCUGCGUGAACUGGUCCAUCUUGAGGAGCUGAUAUUGAGCCAUGUGAGCUUGCCCCACGGAGAGGAUCUCGCCUGUGUCCAGCUGCCCAACCUGCGCCGACUGAGUAUUCACUUCCCUUACCAACCAGCAAGACUGCUCGAAGCCAUCGUGCAUCGAUCGGCAUGCCAAGAACUAGAAGAACUUCAUCUGUCUUGUUUCCGAUCAUCCCACCUAUGGCGUUUUCCUGCGCUAAAGGAAGGGGCGCUUCCACGUUUGCACACAUUGAGUUUACAGGGUUGGCCUCGCUUGCGCUUUCUUCCAAAUUCGCUCGGUCAUAUACAGUCGCUCACAAUGCUCCAGUUGAUCGACUGUCCAUGCAUUGGGUCCUUGCCAAAAAGUCUGUCGAUUAGGAAAAGGAUAGGAAAGCUCGAAGUUGUAUAUCGGCGCCUUAGAGUUUAGCAAUGAGCAAUGAGAAUAGGCUCAUAUGGUAGGGGGAGGGAAAGAGCGAUUGCUGCCACCACAAGCUGUGCUCCAGUUGCUUGACUGUCCAUGCAUUGUGUCCUUGCCAAAAAGUCUGUCGAUUAGGAAAAGGAUAGGAAGGCUCGAAGUUGUAUAUCGGCGCCUUUAGAGUUUAGCAAGAGAGAAUAGGCGGCCACCAGAAGCUGUGUUAAUUGCACUCUUGGCAUCUCAGCAGGGACCUUUCGUUAAUGUAUCAUUUUUACGAUAACUCCCCUCAACAUCGUUUUAUGUACCAAGGAUUGAGCUUUGAGCUAUUCAUACCCAAUGUCGGUCCUCGAUGACUCGACCAAUUGCUGUUCGGCACAGUUCGUGUAUGCCAAUGAGCCGGAUAGCCAGCUCGCUCCAAUUGUGUAUGUACCUGAACAAGAUACGUGUAUUUGACUAUCCUCUCUUUGGGCUGGUUGAUAGCGUACAUAGUACGCCGUACAUAGUACGUAUGCAUUGCUAUCAAUUAGCAUCCUCUCUUUGUGCUGGUUGAUUGUGUACAUAGUACACAGAACACAGUACACAGUACACAGUACACAGUACACAGUACAUAGUACAUAGUACAUAUUGUACAUUAGUACGUAGUGUACAUUAGUACUUAGUGUACAUAGUACAUAGUACAUAGUACAUGUAUGUGUACAUAGUACAUCUGCAUUGCUGUCAAUUAGCAUCCUCUCUUUGGGCCGGUUGACUGUGUACAUAGCACAUAUAUGUGUACAUAGUACAUAUAUGUGUACAUAGACAUAUAUGUGUACAUAUGCAUUGCUGUCAAUUAUCAUCCUCUCUUUGGGCUGGUUGAUUGUGUACAUAGUAGACAGUACAUAGUACAUAUAUGUGUCGGUGUUAAUGAGUCUUGUGACAGGUUAGCGUAGCGGUGCCUAAUUUGAACAGCAGCAAGUAACUUGGCAAGCGAGGACUUGCAUCUGCCGCUGUGGAUGGUGUCCUCCGUCUCACGCAUUUUUUUUUUUUAUGGAGGUACAGCUAAAAGGAAAUGGAACUUGGGACAGCUAAUGGUCAGACUGGUGUCCUGAUCGUCCCCCACAGCACUACGAAGAUUUGUAUCUCACUGAAGAAUCGGUCCGUGACUCCGCGUUGCAUUCAUAAUGCGCAAUAUGUGGUCCUCUACGCCUGCUCUUGCAUGGGGAGCUCGUCGUCAUUCUCUCCGCAUCUGGCAUUGCUAAGCUCACUCUUGUCUGAGCAUUUGGGGAUACUCUGUCAGAACAACAGCUGACAAAUGAGAAAUGAAGUUCUUUCAUUCAC